AUGACAGCGACUGCCAAGGGAAUAAAUGUCAUGAACACUCCAUUGUCUACAAGUCAAGAACCUCCGAUUCAAUUUUCAACCAUUGCUAGUGAGUUCUUGCACCAACAGACGGAUGAUGUGCAACCUUCAGGCUUCCAGUUACAAACAGAGCCCGCAAAAGAACCCGAAGAACGAGCACCAGAGCGGGUUGGUGCUUCAGAAAACUUUACUUCUAAUGCUAACACCAAUGUCAAUGAUAAUACUGUUGGGGAGUAUGUGCUGGGCGAAACGAUUGGAAAGGGAACAUUUGGAAAAGUCAAGCUUGGAAUGCAUGUGCUUACCGGUGAAAAAGUGGCAGUGAAAAUUCUGGAGAAAAAACGGAUUAUCCGGGCUGCCGAUAUGGAUCGUGUGGUCCGCGAGAUAAAAAUUCUCAAGCGUAAUCGACAUCCAAACGUCAUUCAGUUGUACGAAGUCAUUGAUGCCCCAGAUCACAUUUAUCUGAUCAUGGAACAUGUUGAUGGAGGGGAAAUGUUCGAGUACAUUGUCGCGCAUCGCCGAAUUUGUGAGCCAGAGGCAGCGUAUCUUUUUCGUCAAAUUGUGGAUGGACUCGCGUAUUUACACUCGAACAAAGUGACGCAUCGUGAUUUGAAACCUGAAAAUCUCUUACUUCAGUCGAAUCCGAACGUUGAGGCUCAAUCACCACUUUCUACACUUGUAGUCAAAAUUGUAGAUUUUGGUUUGAGUAAUAUGCACGAUGGUGGUCGUUUGUUGCGUACAGCUUGUGGUUCACCUUGUUAUGCUGCACCUGAAAUGAUUCAAGGGCGACUGUAUUGUGGCCCAGUUGCUGAUAUGUGGAGUUUAGGCGUCGUACUUUUUGCUAUGGUUUGUGGCUAUCUUCCGUUCGAGGAUAGCAAUACAAAUAUGCUAUACAAAAAGAUUUUGAACGCAAAUUAUACAAUGCCGACGUUCUUAUCCGCGAAUGUUCAGGAUUUAAUUCGUCGCAUUCUUGAGACGGAUCCUGAGAAACGGUACACUGUUGAUAACAUCCGUCAGCAUCCGUGGCUUGCUGAUGUAGAGACAUCUCAUUAUACGCUGUACGACAUUUAUGGGGGGGUACCGAGUCAAGAGUCUACAGCACGUCAUGAACUAAUACUGACCGAACUGGAAUCAAUGGGCUUACUUAAAGACGACGUUCUCAAAGCGUUGUCCGAGCAAUCAUUUAACCGAUUCACGGCAUCGUACUACCUUCUCAAUAAUAAGCUUCAACGUACGAUGCGAGACAGUAUCCCACCACUAUCCUCAUUGGUCGAGAAUGCUUCACGUCUGCAUGAAGAAUACAAGUUCGAUAGCGACAAAGAUCGACAACAGAAAUCCAUCGUUCGAAGUGGUGAUCGCAGCAUCAGAAAUCCUGAAGCAGUUAGAUCAGAACACAAUGAUCAGGAGAGAAGUCAGCCACCUUCUCGAUACAAUUACGCGCCGCAUCAAACGCAAUAUGCCGAGGUUUCUUGUCCUCGACGCCAUGUCACACCUCUCGGUGCAACUGGUCUCCACGACUCUGGUUUUGGUCUCGCACAGCGACCCAAAUCAAUGCGUGGUGGUCGCAAUUUGGUACUUAAGAAUGGUUCUGCUGAAUCGUCUCGUACCGGAUUCCAACCUAUUGCACCCACUUUACCGCGCGAACAUCGCCAUUCGGGAGUUCUUCUCGCUAGAAAAUCUCCGAACAUUAAUCGCGUUCACGUUAACAACGGCUCAGUGGUUCUUCGACCCCUUGUACAUCCACCUCGACGCGAAUCCUCUUCUGCUACUCCACGCCGACACACUACUGAACAGCAGCUUCUUGACCCUUCAAGACUAUAUGUGCCUCAGCCACCUCAUCAUCUUUCGAUCAAUUCAACAAGUAGUGGGAUAGUCAUUCCACGACGUCCAUCAGGUCACGUGCUUCCCCCGCAGCAUGCAACUCGUACACAAAAAAGUCCUUAUCAAGCGCCCGUGAGACCAACGGUGGCUGCUGAAGUAGCUUCUGUCUCUAAAGUAGAUGACACUCGAUUACCACAACCUUUAGUGCAAACACUAUCAACAAAUUUGUAG